CAGCGAACAAUAGCAGCAGAGCGAAGAGACAAUAACAUUCUGAAAUCCCACGAGCGCUACCAAGACUCACGGUCCCUAUAGAGUCCGAACGGGCGGAGUAACUGCACUUCCGGCAGGCCCCAAAUCUCGCUUAACUGAACUCUCAUGCUGUGACUGUUCGUAAUUCUUCGUCGGUGAUCAUCAAGCACGCGAGGUGUUUGACAGAAUUCCCCAAAGGAAAUCAAAGACGAGAGCUUGAGUUACGAUGCUGCCGCAGCGAGUGAAGAAGGCUGUUGCAGACAACCCCAAGAAGAUUGCUAAUUUGAUUGAUCUAGUGAACCUUCCUUCGACUCUGCGAGACUUUGUGGGUCAGUCUCAAAUUUCUCGCCUGGGAUGCUUCACGCGUGUCUGGUCCUACAUCAAAGCCAACAAUCUCCAGGAUUCCAACAACAAGAACGUGGUCAAUUGUGAUGAAAAGCUGAAAAGAAUCCUUCUUGGACGGUCUCAGGUUGAACUAGCUGAACUUCCUGCACUGAUCAAGCUGCAUUUUCCUAAAGAGCCAAAGUAAGUGCCUACUGAGACCCGGAUGCUUACUUUGUCUCUAUAAUCAAAACGAACGACGGCACUACUUAGACUCUAUAAGUAUGUUGUACUCGUGAUAGUAUGAAGCCAAUGUAAACGUAAGGUUUGGUUCUUAAUGUUCAUGAUGUUGGUUUGAAACUACUUGAAUGUCAUGUUGUUCAUCCUUUUUUAUACUGGUCCUGGACUUGUAGCAUCCAUUUCUGAAUGUCAACUUCGUUAAAAGUUCUGCAAAUGUAACUGCUUUCUGAUAAUGCUUACAUUUGAGAUGACGGUCUC